AUGGGUCGCCUGCGCAUCACUCCCCGCAUUCUCAUCGGCCACAGCUUCGGCGGCAAAGUGGCUCUAAGCAUGAUAGACCAAGCAGCCAAGCCCAUGCCCAGCGCUAUCAAGGUGUGGGUGUUGGACGCUACACCAGGCAAAGUGAGGGCAGGGGGCGACGGGGAGGAUCACCCAGCUGACCUGAUCGAUGCGCUCAGAGGCAUGCCGCCGCUGAUUCUGGAUCGCAGCGAGGUGGUGAACUCUCUCCUCUCGCAGGGCUUCUCCAAGCCCAUCGCGCAGUGGAUGACCACCAACCUGUCCAGGACGCACCUGCCCUCACUAGAUCUCGUGCGGGACCUGCCUCCUUCACAGCAGCAGCUGCACGAGGCGGCGGCGAGGGCGGCGAGUAGGGGGCAGGCGGCGUAUGGGUGGGCGUUUGAUCUGGAGGGGAUUGCCCAGAUGUACUCGUCGUAUGAAACCACGAAUCUCUGGCACUUGGUGGAGGAUGUGCCAGAAGGGGUACACAUCAACUUCCUGCGAGCUGAAAGAUCGCUGCACCGGUGGGCACGGGACGACAUUCGGAGGAUACUGGGAGCAGAGCAGGAGGCGAUGGGGCAUGGCGCUGCUGUGAGGAUGCACGUGCUGGAGGAUGCUGGGCACUGGGUCCACACCGACAACCCUGACGGGCUCUUUCAGAUCCUCGCGCCUUCCUUCGGCCCCUCGCGCUUCAGAGACCAUUAG